AGAAACAGGAACAGAAUCGGGGUUUCUUAUUCAGAAGCUCAGCUAGUUUGCUGAAACUGAACUUCUGUAUACUGCCAUGGCUUUAGGUCGUUGCACGCAUCCCUGCCACUCAGCCCCUCUGGUUUGGGGUAGACUGCUCAUUUUGGUGUCAGUGCUGACAUGCGCCAGUGCCUCUGACGAGAGAACUAAAACCGUGGAGUUCAACGUGAAACCUGGCGGCGUGGUGCAUUCAUUCUCGGAAAAAAUAAAAGAAUAUGAAUGCUCUUUCACCUAUGCAUCUCAAGGAGGUACCAACGAGCAAUGGCAGAUGACUGUGGGUCUGAGUGAUGACGAUAGGCUCUUCUCUUGCUCGGUGUGGAGGCCCCAAGGGAAAUCAUACUUGUUUUUCACAGAGUUCAAAGCUGAGAUUAAAGGAGCCAAGAUUGAGUAUGCCAGCGCAUACUCCCAGGCAGCUGUGGGAGGCCAGAAGGAUGUACCUUUGAAGGAGGACGAGUACUCCGUAGGUGACCACACAGUGAUACAAAAAGAUGGAAAAUUCCGUGCUGAACUCUCAAAGCUCACCAUCAUUGGUCGGACACGCCAUGAUGAGCUCUAAUUGCCUGAGUUCUGUGAUGUGAACCUUAACUUGCAGGCUGACAAAAGCGCAUGGAUGAAGCUCUAGAAAGUUCUGGAAACAUCUAGCGUUUGAACUUUGGGAGACCGUCACAACUGAGCAUCGAGCCAGAAGAGAUUUAAAGAUGUCCUUUUGUUGUUGACGGAUUCCUCCUCAUUAAAAAAGUGUCGCUGUGUA